GCUCCAGAACUUGGGCAUUAACCCAGCAAACAUUGGAUUCAGCACUCUAACAAUGGAAUCUGACAAGUUCAUCUGCAUCAGGGAGAAAGUGGGAGAGCAGGCACAAGUAGUCAUAAUUGAUAUGAGUGAUCCAACAACACCCAUCAGACGUCCAAUUUCUGCUGAAAGCGCCAUCAUGAAUCCAGCUUCUAAAGUAAUUGCGCUGAAAGAUGCUGGGAAGACACUUCAGAUCUUUAACAUUGAGAUGAAAAGUAAAAUGAAAGCCCACACUAUGGCAGAGGAAGUGAUCUUCUGGAAAUGGAUAUCUGUGAAUACGGUUGCCUUGGUGACGGAGACUGCAGUCUACCACUGGAGCAUGGAGGGAGAAUCUCAACCCCAAAAGAUGUUUGACAGACAUGCAAGUCUUGCAGGCUGCCAAAUCAUCAAUUACAGGACAGAUGAACACCAAAAAUGGUUGUUACUGAUAGGAAUUUCAGCACAGCAAAAUCGUGUGGUUGGUGCAAUGCAGCUGUACUCAGUUGAUAGGAAGGUGUCCCAACCUAUUGAAGGCCAUGCAGCUGCUUUUGCAGAAUUCAAAAUAGAGGGAAAUGCCAAACCUUCCACGCUCUUCUGUUUUGCUGUGAGAAGUCCUGCAGGGGGCAAG